AUGCCAGCAGAUUGCAGUUCUUGGUACAUACAUACAAUAGCACACAUUAGAAAUUGUGUCGAAAAAAGAAGAUUUCGAGGAACAGAGUAUGAGUGUGAAACGGAGCAGGAAGCAAGUGAUUCAGACUCUCAGAUUCAGAAGAGUUUAUCCACCCGUUCGCCAUUAGAAUCAGAUUCACAGACUGAAAAUGAAAAGACCAAUAAAGAAUAUUUAGAAGAUCUGCUAUUGAAGUAUCGUAGACUAGGGAAGUUUAUUGGAAAAAGACAAAGUGGAAAGUCCGCGAGCCAUCACGGCGUGUGCCAACGAGAUCUCAUAAUAUUGUUCUAA